ACGGAGAAAAGCUCAUUUACGUAGUCGCGUUUUAAAUUCCUUUACUUUCAUUAUUGUAUCCCUAACACCGUGCAGUAUUGUUCAAUCAUCAACAAACGCAAGACAAGGAUCGAGUUUAGUACCGUUAGUGCAUCGUUGUAAUGUAAUCUGAUCAAGUUAAAGUUUUAAACAGUGUACAAUUUGAAUUCUUGAAAAUGGCGAAGUGGCAGCGAAGGUAACAUCAUCACCGUCAUCAUCGCUGCUUGUAGACGCGAGUGAGAUAUACCUGGUGGUGCUCGCUGGACGAUACGGAGCGCAAGGGUGUUUUGGUAGUCGUGCUGGUUGGGGCGUGGUGGACGUUCAAAGCGCUUCAGUUCAGAGUGUUGUUCAAUCCGCCGUCAGUAUUCAAACGGGUACAGGAGAAGGCAUAUAGCCGAGUGUGUGCGCGAGGGGAACAGUGCGGUGUGCAUAGUGCUGUGGGCAGUGGCUCGCGGGGAGCAGAUUUUAGCCAAAAUAAGGUGAAGAGGAGAAAGAAAAAAAAAACAAGCACCAUCCACAUACCAUCAGCAAACGUAUCAAAAUCGAAAAAAUAAACCAACAACUGCAGCAAACGUAAGGAGUCCACCGGUUUGGCCCGUGUUGAGGAGAAGAAAAAUUUCUCGUUGAAAAACUUGCCUCUAGUGCAAGAAUGUAUGCAAAAGCUCGGCGCUUGUGCUAGCGGAUAAAGCAAAGACAAACCGAACCGAAGUAUUAUUCUGUUGCUCACAGCCGAAAACGGUCAACGCGGUUUAGCUUCUCACAUCGGAAGAAGAAAGCCUCCCGCUAAGGAUCUAUAGUAUAAGCGAUGCGUCCACGAUGGCCGGUCUCAAACCGAACAUCUACGCAGUGCUGGUAACGUGCCUCGGAUUCCUAUGCUUGAUCAUCAGUGCCACCGCAGUCGGAGUGCCGAUAUGGGCCUACUACGAGAGCCGAGGGGGAGAGGAUCGAGGAUAUUUUGGGCCCUGGCAAAAGUGUCAAGUGCUCAGUUAUCGUGAGCGAUGCGGCGACGUCGGGAGAUUUCAACCAUCGGGUGUUGUUUUCACCAGUGGCCUAAUGGCCGUCGCGGCUUGUUUUCUGUUUGGCAUCUUCUGUGUGCUGAGCAUCCUGCAGAUAGCAAUGAUUUCAUCACGCGACCAGAUCUGCAUGAAGUAUACCGGUCUAGUGACGCUCAAGCUGAUACUGGUAGUGCUGGGAACGUUUCUGUCACUAGCGGCAGCUGGGCUGUUUGCUUUGCAGACCGACGACGAACGGUCUGGUUACCACAUUACAAGGGGGAUAUCCUUCUAUCUGCAGAUAGUAACGGUCGGCCUAUCGCUUACGUUACUGGUUCUGUCGUUGUACGACAAGAUUCUAACGAAGCGGCCUGACGGGGAUCCGACAAUGAUGACUAACACGAAUGGGUCGACGACAUACAAUAAUCCCGGAUUCCGCGAGACUAACGGCAUCGCGGUUACCGAAACCAGUGGUCGACCCUACUCGAGCAUCAACGGUAGCGUACAAUCGAUGAACACCACCGUGACGACCAUGUCGAACGGAUCGACAAUCGGUUCGGCUUCGGUGACGAGGACACCGCUUCGGUCCAGUCUCAAGAAACCGCGGCCUCAGAAUGCCGACGGAUUGGGCAUCCGCAAUCCGGGUUAUUCCGAAAAUGGCACCGUUAAGAAGGUGCGCAUCCAGACGCACAGCACUGAAGUUUAAGUAGAGCUCCGCUUAAAAAAAAAUACGGAAAAAGUUAUUGCCGAUAAUUCAGGGGGCGCGCAGGCCGAGUGCAUUAUUGAAUCUUAUCUUCAUUUCCGAUAUUCGACACAGAUCCGUCCAUAUUGUAUGUAUGCUUUCAUAUUUUAAUUUUAAGCUAUUUUAUUUUUAUUUUUUACCAAUAUCAUUCUAAGUUCAGACGAACAAAAAGCAGUCGAAAGUAAGAAAAAUCUAAACAAAAAACUGAUCUUAGUUAAGCUAGUAAUCAAAAUCAAUAGAUCUGAUUUAAGUGUUAUUUAGUGAUAGUCAGUUGAAAGUUCUUCUGUUAGAAUCAUCACUUCAAAAGUACUGAUUGUAAAUAGCACGCGAUUAAAUUCGAAGAAAAACAUUCAAAAGACACGUACUAUAAAACAAGACAUUCGUUGUAGAAUAAUUAGCGAGAUUCAGCAGAUUAUUUAUGAGAACCAAACAGAGUAAACAAAUUGUAAGGGAUACAAGUGCACUUCAGCGCGUUGCCUUAGCAUAAGCACAAUAAUGAUGGAGGAUAAAUUGAAUACUUUAGCUAUUGUAUGAAUCUCUUCAUAUACAACGCCGACCGAUAGUAAAUUAAGAUAGUGGCGAGUACCGAGUAUAGUAUUGCGGCUUGGGAUGCCGAAAUAACAUUCACGUGGUUGCUACCUUUCCGGUUUCAACAGUUGGCCUUUCCAGAUCAAGGUAACACAAGUACAAACGGUACUCAUUCAGCAUUAUUAUUCCUGUUUCAACCUUAGUCGGUUAGUCUUCCCAGAAUCACAAUUAGGUUUAGUAUUUUCUGUUUUUAUCUAAAAUUAAUUAGGUGUUUUAGUUGUUUUACAUUGCAGUGAACGUUGAAACUUUUAUUACCACUACUACUGAAGGCAAUUUAAACUUAUCUAAUGUAUCCGUCCUGGGAACGUCUUUUAAGUAAGAAAAGUUUUUGAGUAUUUACGAAAAUAAUUUCUGUGAUUCAUUUAAAAUGAAUUAUUUUAUAGAAAUGUAAUAGAAUAUGAAGAAUAAUAAAACA